CAAGGAGAGGGAGCGGCGAAAAACAUGUUUUAUUUUCAGUGUAAUUUAUCUGAAUAUUAGUACAAUUACAUGUUUAAAAAAUAAAAUAUCUCAAGUAGGAGACGUCGUUUUAUCUUCUUAUAAGACCUUGUUAAAGGUAGACUUUUUGCGAGCUCUUAUCGUCACGUUCGGGGUAUGAAAAACAAAUUACCUUAGAAUUUCAGUUUCAACAUGGAUGUUUCGUUACGCUUUAUAAACACGUUCAUUUAUCAAAAAACGCAUUUGAUUCUCACACCUGAGCAGGAUUUCUAAACUAACAUGUCCAAACUGACCAGUGAAUGUGAUGACAUGGACAUUGACAGUGGUGUCAGUGACAUGACAGAAACUGAAAGCUUAAGCAGUGUCACCUCCGACUCUACUAUCAUAGGUUCACCACCUUCAAGUGUAAUGGGCGAUUCAGAAGUACGUGGCGCUGAGAAUCACUUCACCCUCGUAAAUGAUGCAGCGUCAAACAGUUCUGUGGUUAGUCCAGAUAGUGGAAUAGGAAGUGGAUCUGGAAGUGGAAAUGGAAUGAAACUUGGAGAGCCCUUACCUUUUGAGCGAAAAGACCCACAGACGAGUACCCAAGAAUGGGUUGAAAGGCAUUUUGAGGUGUUCGUUAAAACUCUGGAUGGUAAAACUUUGACCAUACAAGUUGAAGAGCAUGAAGAAGUCACAAGCUUCAGGAAGAAAGUUCAGGAGAAGACAAACGUGGAUGCAAGUCAGCAUUAUUUUCACACAGCAGAUGGAAAGAAACUGGAAGACGGAGAAAGACUCAGCAAAUACGACAUUAAGAAACAUUCCACCAUUUUCUGUCAGGGUAGACUCAGGGGAGGAGAGUAUAUUUAGAGAUGAAAGUCACUUUAACAUCGUCUCCAAGUAAUUAAAUGCAUUAGUUACUGGUAAUUAAUUAAAUUUGUUUGAAAUAGAAAAAAAAAUCAAUAUGAAUGUAUGGCUUUAGGUGAGAACUUUUCCCCUAAAAUAUUUUUCUUUCUUUUGUUUUAUUGUUCAUCUUUUCUUUUUAAUCUUGCUUACUUGAAUACUAAAACAAUUUACCGCUUUGUCCCAAAACAUUAGGUGUGUUUGAUAUCAAGGCCAAUGUCAGGAAAAUAAAUUGUAGACUCAGUUCCAUGUUUUAUUAAGUCUGUAUAAAGUAAAAAAAAAAAGUUAGAAUUUUUUAGAAAAAUAAAAAUCUUAAUUCAAAAAUAAAAUACAAUAGUUACUGC